AUGCGCGAUGGCGGUCCUGGUCCAAUCAUGGGGGUUACAUGGGUGCAAGCUGCCGCCGUCCAGAUCCAGAUUGAGAUCGGAAGAGUGAAGAAGCGGGCUGGGGGCGAUUAUGAAGAAAGGAAAAUGACCGGCAAACCAAUCAUCCCAACCCUCCGCAUCCCAACGGUCCCCUCCUUCCCCCUCUCCUCCCCCAUCACCGAAGAAAUCCCCAGCCCAGCAUCCUCAACAUGCUCAGAUGAAAGACAUCACCAUCACCACCGGGAUAAUCGCCAUCAACCCGUCGAGGUCUCCAGGACAGCGCGCCUGAUGCCGAUGUUGCAUACCUCCGAGCGGGACGCGCAUCGGAGUCAGAUGGUGGAGACGGAUGAGCAGGGUGGGUUGAAGGUUAAUGCUGGUACUGGUACUGGUGUUGGUGCUGGAGGUGGUACGGGUACGAAGAGGCCGAUUGGUUUGAACCUGGUGACGGAUUUCUCGUCGUCGCUGUCUGUUCCCAAGCCGAAGAAGAGGAGUCCGACGUUGGUUGAUUUGAAUGAUUUGAAGACGCUGUGUCGAACGCGCGAGCGGGAGAGAUCAGUGCAGAAGAUCAAGGGGAUUCUUAAGAAGAGGAGGUCUGAGCGUCUACGACGGGUUCAGGUUUCGGAUGGAUCGUUGGAGCCGAGGAGGGCUGUUUUUGAUUCACAUUCUCCAGUGCCAGAGCAAGAGCGUCCGAACAAGAAACGCAAAGACGAGCUCUCGCCGGGUGAUGAACCGAUUACGAUUGGACUUAGUGUUACGUAUGCGGACUCGGUGGACUCGGGUUCGAAUAAAGGAAAGUCGAGGGAGAGAGGGAUUGAGGGUAUUGAUAGCCAGAUGACCCCCGUGACGCCGUCUAUUAUUGUCACGCCGGCUAGAGAGGAUAGUUUUUGGGAGGAUGAUAUCCCAGAUCAACAGCAGCAUCCGAGACCUCGAGUUGCUUCGAGUGUCUAUUCGACGCCCACGCCGAAUCCUAUGAUUGAUUACGAUGAAGUACCGCCUGUUCCUGCUAUUCCGGCAUAUCACUCUAGGACGCCGACUGCGACGACAACGCCGAAUUUACAGCAGGCGAUACCGAGCCCACAACAAUACCAACGGAGGUCGAUCAUUAGAACACGAAAAUCACGCGCAUACUCCACAGGAACCCUCUUCGAAGAAGACGACAGCCCUGCCUCAGCACAACCACCACCCGAACCCCGACCCCGCCCUCGCUCCGAACGAAGGAAAGCCCUGUCCAAGCUCAGCAUCAACACGGAUACAAACCGUCACCAAUCCCAAGGAUGGUGGACAUAUCUCCUUUCCCCAUUGCUGAAAUCCAGUACCUCAACGUCCGCAAAAACGUUAACGCCAACGAGCCCCGAUCGACCACCUCUACUCCCAGAGCUAGGUGCGAACUCGACUGUAUCCAGUGAAGACUGGUGGGAGAAAGACUCCACCUCGAAAGAAGUAUCGUGCUUCUCGCCUGAUACACCCGAGACGGAGAAUGCUAUUGACCCCGUUGAGUGCGGAUGGCAGGGUGUGGCGACAACUACGAAUCCGUUUGUAAAUAUGGAUCGGGGAAUGAAUAUGAGAAGAGAAAUCGGUGCAGGCGGUGGCGAUAUGGCAUCUGGAAUGUUCGCGGGACAGGUGAUUCAGGGUUGUGCGGCGGAGUAUUAUCAAGCGUGCGCGCAUGAGUUGUUCAGCGGGAGGCCAUAUUUUGAGUGCGUGGGGCAUGUUUGUUCGAUUACGCCAGUGGCGCCAGCUAUCCAGGUCUCUGAAGUCGGGAAGGUGGAAGAGAAAUCGGGUGCGAGGGGUGUUGCUGCUUUUGCCGUUGUGGAUAAGCAUGCGGAGAUGCAGAGCCCUAAGUCUGAGGGAGCUCGUGCGCAGUAUUUCUCUGGAUCCACGGCUGUAAAUGCGCCAUCCGUGAGGGAAGCUGAAACCGAGAAUCUCGCAAAACCAAAAGACGGUGCUCACAAUCUGACCAUCGAAACGGGUCCUCGACAACCCGAGCUCUUGAACCCGUUUUCUCAGACGACAGCAGCCCGUCCAGCAACUCCAGUCACACCAUUCUGCGUUCCCCCUGUCGCAGCACCACCUCCACAACCAGUACCUCAGACGAACACAGCUACCACCGUCAAAGUCGAAAGAGCGGUUCCUCACUACAUCGUCGUCCCACAGAGUCAACCACCACAGGCCCCGUCCCCGGUGUCUCCUGCGUUCCAGCAGGCGACUGAACGGACUGGGAUCCCGCUGUCUAGUCUGCAGAAUGGACCUGCUCCAGUGCCUAAUGCGCAGGGCGGUUUGGAACACCCGAAAGCACCCGCUGCUCUUGCUAGUCAAGUCAGUUUGUGGCCGAAUCCUCAUCCCACAGGAACCGCAUCAGCAAACACAUCCAACGAUGGUUACGUUGGCCAAUGGCCUAACCCGCACCCAGCAAGAGAUGUAAAACCACCCGUCGCCAAGAGAGAAUUCACUACAGCACAAAUCCACGAAAAACACGACAAAACCACCAAAAACAGCGGAAAGACCGGCAUUUUCAGCAAAUGCCUCAAUCGCAAAAAGGACAAAGAAAGCAAAACAAAACGCCGCUGCUACGCCGCUAUCGCCUGUCUCUUCCUAAUGAUUCUCGUCGUCGCAAUCCUUCUCGCCGUCUUUCUAACUCACAAAUCCAGCCCCUCCGACCCCUCCACAAAUACCAACACUAACAACACAAGAACAACACCCGCCCACUCAAACUGGCUGAACUUAACCGGCUACCCGCCCAUGCCCACUGGUCUCGCGACGAUUGCUGGUCCCGAGGCGCAGAAGCAGGAAACUGGAUGUAUUUAUCCAGAGACGUUGUGGAGCUGUGCGCUGCCAAAGGAGCAGCAGGAGGGGAAUAAGCCAUAUGAUCCAGAUGAGCCGAACUUCCUGGUUCAGAUUCGGUUCCAUAACGGGACAUAUUCGAGGAGCACGGUGCCGGUGUCGAAGAGGAGUGGCAGUAGCAGUGGCAAUAGUACAUGGGAUCCCUCGCCCUCGGCGCCAUCAAUGCGAGAUCAGGAAUUCCUGGGCAAUACGACAGACAAAAACGCCGAGCCGUACGCAGGCGAAGAAACACCUUUCUUCAUGACCUUCCUGUCAACGCAGACCUCGUCCUCAUCAAGCUUAAAUUCCGACUCGGGUCUCUCACGAAGGAGCUCCUUCCCCAACCUCACAGACAUAGUCCCAGCACCCGACUCCGACUCCGACGGCACGGCGGCCCCGGCAAACCUCUACCCGCUCCCUGAAUCCCAGCCCAUCCGUUUGUAUAACCGCGACCAGGAUGACGAGCACUAUGGGUUCUACACCUACUUUGACAGAUCGAUAUUCCUCGAAUCCGACGCCCCGCUGAAUGGAAAGGCAAUUGAUACAAUCUCAAGCGAUAAGAACGGCGGCUCGACUAAGAAGAAUGCACGGGUACGAUGCACAUGGUCUCAGACACGGUUUCUGGUCAAGAUCUGGACGAAAGGUGAUAAAUCAGGAAAGACGUUACUCCCCGGCACCACCACCACCUCAUCAUCAUCGGCAUCCAGCCCUACCUCCUCAUCCAGCAUAACAAAACAAGACUACGCCCGCCCCGGCACAUUUCCGUACCCGGUAACGAUAACCCUAGACCGCCACGGCGGUACCGCAUCCCAGAAAAUGGUGUACUGCUACGGCAUGUCCGACGACAUGAGUCUCAACUCGACGGAGAUUAAGCUGCAGGUCGAGGAAAGGGGUUAUGAUGGGACGCUUGUGAAUGCGGCGCCGGGGGUGUUCAAUAGUACGAGUGUUGUUAGUGAUGACGGGAGUGGUUGGGGAGGCGUUGAUGGCGGGACGGGAGGGUGUGGGUGUGAAUGGGUUAAUUGGGGGAAGGCUUAG